AUGGCCACUGCAGUCAACGCUGCUGCCACUGCUGCCACCGUCGCUCCUGCCGCUCUCCCCACCUCCCCUUCCGCCGCCUCCCCGCCCCUGCCGUCACGGCCACUAUCUCACCAUCUGGAGGGUCGUGGGCACCAGCACCACCACCAUCACGAGCACCACCAUCACCAUCACGAGGCGGCGGCGGCGCAGCCUCUGAUAACGCAGCAGCAGGUGCAGGAGUGGGUGCAUGAGGCGAGCGGCAUCCUGGGGGCCAUCCGGCGACUAGGCCUGCCUGCAACGAGCUGGCGCAACAAGAUGCCGUACCGUGUGCCCCGCGCAGAGCCGCUUGCUCGAGGCCUCAAGUGGCCGGAGCAGCACGAGUUUGCGAACGAGCACGAGAAGCGCGUGUUCCUGCGCAGCCAGCGGCGGCUGCAGCCGUUCCUGCUGGGGGACAUCCCGCAGUGGUCGUGGUUCGCUGCAGACGUGGCGCUGCUCUUCUUCCUCACGUACGAGCCGCGCUGGCCCUGGGCGCUGGACUGA